AUGCAUUCUGGCAUGCUGGAGGCGCUGGAAAAGGCCAGAGAGGGUCACAAGAAGCUUCUCUCCGACCUUGACCGUGUCGUGGACAUGGGCCUGACUUUGGGGGAGCGCAUGGUGGCCCUGUCGCUGCGGUCGUCUAUGCUAUGGGAGCAGAUGCUGUGGACCCGGGAAGCGGUCAUCAGCAGGUACCUGCGGCGUGUCCGCGUGGUGAUCAUGACCUCUGACAAGCUGCGGAAGAUGCUGGGCAACCGGGGUCCCAGUUUCUACGGCAAGCCCAAGGUCGUGUGCGUGGACGAGUACGAGAACCUGCUGAACUUCCUGGCGCUCGUGGGCCACUUUCCAAUGUGCAUUGCCGUCGGUGAUCCGUGUCAGCAGCUGAAGAUCGCAGCGGGCACCCUGGAAACCCGCUUGCCAGAUGGCUCCGCCAACCCUGCACAUAUGGCUGACUACCACCUUCCGUCUCGGGCCAGUGCCGGCUCUUUGCGGAGUAGUGGGCACAACCAGACUGGCGUUGUGCUCAUUGAGUAUGUUGGCUCUUGGAUGGAGCUCGACCUGCAUGGCUUUCUGAAAUCGACCAUCUAUGAGUGGGCCUUGUUCACGGCGAUCUUGCUGCACUGUCUGCGCAGAAGCGCCACAGAUCAUGUCGCGGUGGUGCGCUACUACGCGUCGGUGCUUCUAGCGCUGGACUGGCACUUGCACCAGAUGGUUCGCCACUUGGGCCCCGCAGUGAAGCACGACCUCAGCCGCAUUCACCUGCUGUCACCCGAGAGCGCUGUGGGAUUUACUGUCUCCACCUGCCACUUCUUGGCACUGCAAGAGCGUGACCGCAAUGAUGAUGUGCCUGGCCAACAGCUCGAACUAGCUCGGCGGUUUGUGGGGCUUACAAGAGCUUUUUGUCUGGUGUCAGAAGAUGAAGACCUCGGAAGAGCCGUGGACCGGUCGGCUCCAAACCUUCGCCAACGGCGGGUACUCCGGGCGCAGGGCCUCGCUGCGGUUUACCAUGCUAUCUUUGGCAGUCCUCUGGAGAUUGACGACCCUGCUUGGUGGCAUGCCUGGUCACCCCCAUCUCGUGCAGAGGUGCGCGACAGCUUGUUGCGCCUGCGUAAAAGGGCCGCUCAAGCUUCAGACGCCGUGUCCGCCGCGGAGUUCUUUCAGAGCCCCGAGUCCUGGCUGCAGAUCUGGGGGGGGAUGAACUGGCGCCCUGAGGGCCGGCGUGAGCUGCCCGACCUUGGCGCCUUCGCCACAGCCAACGCUGCUGAUGCUGCAGCUGGGACUGCUGCCGCUGGCUACUGGGUUCCCUACAUCCCGGUAAUCCAGAGGGGCAAGACCUCCUUCCUUGCACCUUUGCUGUGGUUCCCCGAUGCGGCGCCGAAGGCACACUGGCACCUGGACGACCCUGACCUGUUCCUCAACGUGGUGCCAGUGAUGCGGAGCGUGGCAGAGCGCCUGAACCUGACUCUUCGUACCGAGUAUCACAAACUCGAGCACGAGGAGCUCCAUGGCCAGUUCUAUUUGGCACAACACCACGAAGUUCGGGGAGCGUCUGUGGAGAUCCUUGCAGCCACCGUCAACGCACUGCAUGAUCUCUACGCCCCGCUGCACGAAGACCUGAAGUAUCUCAAGGUGAUGGUCAACGUGCCCAUUCCGACCGCCAUGUGGAUGCAGUGCGGCACCUGCAGCAUCAUUGCCCUGGCGCGGUCGUCCGCCCGUAUCUGCCGCCUGGUGCUUCGUGCCUAUUCCGUGCCCUACAAGGCCGGGUCUGGCAGGAAGGGUGAAGAUGUGAGACCUUGCCCGUUGCAAGCUCCACAGCUCCUGGCGGCGGCCUAUGCCUUGGCGCCUUGCUUCGUGGGCUCCGCCGCGGCUUUGGACGGGAGCCGCCUGGGCGCCACCGCGCGCAGCGCCGAGGCGAAGAAGAAGGCGAAGGCGCCUUGGGUGGGACCCAAGAAGGGUUCGUGGGUGAAGGUCCUGCGGCCUGAGUCCUACUGGUACCAGACCCGCGGCCAGGUGGUGAAUGUGAACCAAAAGCCGGAGAUCAAGUACCCCGUGACCGUCAAGUUUGAUCGCGUCAACUUCUCGAACGUGAACACCAACGGCUUCGCUCUGUGGGAGGUGAUCGAGGCCCCGGCGCCGGGCCCCGGCGAGGUGUGA